GGUGAAUGAUGGCUCUGAAGCGCAAUUGCUGCCUGAAAAAUAUCACUCGGGUGCUACCUUCGAGUCCAGAAGCUAAUCGCUAAUUCCAUGCCUUUUCCCAGUGCAGGAUGUCAGACCUGCAAGUUCCGCCGGAUUAAGUGUGAUGAAACGCGGCCAACAUGCCAGAGAUGCCUCAAGUCUAGGAGGCUAUGUCAUGGCAUGACAGCGCUGGCCGCAGUCCAUGAUGAAAAUUCUUAUGCGAGCGGACUGCGAAAGCGUCCCAGAGGGCCUCGCUCGUCCUUGAAGGAACCAGCGGCUGUCGGUCUUGAUCUUUCUAUGUCGGACAACCUGGUGGAGUUGAAGACCCAGGCCAUCCUCUACUAUAUGCAUCAUUAUUUGAAAGCGCCGAAAAGCACGCCAAAGGUCCUGAAAGCCAUCUCGGAAGACUAUCUCACUGCAUGGGUUUCGAAAAUUGACAGCCCGAUCAUCGAACUCGCCGUAUCUUGCAUGGCGCUGGCGAUCUUCGCCCGGACUCAGAAAUACCCACCAGCUGCUCUGCAAGCCUCCUUGACCUAUCACCGGCUUUUGCAACUUGCACGAAUCUCUAUGCCUUCUUUGGUCGUGCAUAACACGGACAUUUGUCUCCUCACAAUAUUCUUCAUGAGUCGAUACGAAGAUGCAGUAUACGAACCAACACAGGCCGAUCCGCAGGGAAACAAUGCGCGAAGUUUUCGGCACCACGAUGGUGCACUAUCCAUUCUCAGGAUGUGGAAGGACCGCCUGAGCUUCGAUCAGCCUGCCACUGAGAUCAUGAAGUAUACACGACGCGGCAUGAUCAAGUCUGCGCUUCUGAGAAAGUUGGCCUUGCCUGAAUGGAUCUCGGACGGUAGUAUUUUUGGUGAGCGUGGCCUGGAGCUUGAAUACGAUCGCAUAAUCGUUCGACUGGUCAACCUGCGUCAUCAGAUCUUUGCGUUGCUCAGGGACGAAAACGCUUCCAGCAGUUCGGCAGCGGCACAACUUGCGCGAGAGGCGCAAAAUAUCGACAAAGCGUUGGAACAUUGGGUCUUGCAUUUUCCGAGCACAUGGUUGUACCAGCGGUAUACGAUUGCAGAGCUGGAUGAGUUUCCGUCCUGCGACUUCUUCUCGCCCACAGUCUACAGCUACUCAAGUCUUGCACAUGCGGCAGUUUGGAACCAGUACUACUCGACCAGAAUGCUUUCACUCAGUACUAGAAUAAGGAUUCUUGGGGCUAGGCACUUGAGGUUUGAAGAGGCUGCGGAGCGCGAGCGUGCGGACUGCUUAUCUUGCGUUGAAGAUGUGGCUGAAGACUUUGCCCGUAGUCUGCCCUACAGCCUGGAAAGAUUCGCAAAAGUUGAACAAAGCGGAUCGUCGUCUCCGAUCAUUAUCCCCACAUCGCAAGAAACGAUAAGGCCUUACUUUGCGUCGUUGACAAUCUGGCCAUUAUCACUCGCCUCAAGCCUCGAGAAUGUCAGUGGCAAGCGGGCAUCAUGGUUUAGAGCCUUGCUUGCCAGACUUGGCAAGAUGUCUGGAUAUGGAGUGCUUGCAGCGUCUGACACCAGUCAUUGGAAGCGGCUUUGAUGGUGCAGUAGACGUUUUCCGCAACUGCCCAUGAAUACAGACAUACAGACCUUUGCUAUAUCAACAAACAAACACAACGGCUCUGGUUCGUCAACCACAGGCGGAAUGGAUCACCAAGUCCAAACUAUGUUUACAGACCACAGUCCACCGCAAAAUAUGAGGACGAUGACUGGUCACGGAGGUACUGUGUAUCUGUCGACUCCAUCAGCUCCAAGGCAUUUGAAAUUACUCGACAAUGCCAGUUUGCUAGUGUCUAAUACUGCUUGCACUCCGGAGUUUCAAAUCGAAGUGUCUGCUCCGGGCGGUUCCCAAGACGUUGUGCUGGAUCCACAGGCUAAAUGAAAAACCUCCACGGUGGCGUGCAAAGUUUGCCACGGUUGUUAUCACUGCCAGAAGCCCAUGGUCAUCACUGCCAGAAGCCUAUGGUCACCACUGCCAGAAGCCUAUGGUCAUCACUGCAUGCCCACAUGGCUCUUUUCUACAUUGUACGAAUUGUGACUCAGCUAUGACGAGCACCGGAGUCCACAUUGUUGUUGUGCCUUAUGCCGACCAACACCAUACUCUUCUUGUCCGUGGACCAAUGUUCAAGCAAGGCAGCCAUGGUCAAAAGUUCAAAACGUUUUCACCAGGACUGUCUACUUGAUGGUUUUGUUACCCGCUUGAUUGUCAUGCGACUUGGUAACGUCGUCGUCGGCCUUUCGUUCGGUCGUAAUACUCGUCGUUGACUCCACGUAUUUCCCGUUCAUUGGCGCUCUGUGGUACUGAUCGACCCAAGAUACUUCAGUACCUGUUGCUAGAGCCACCUUCUGAACGAAGUUGGGGUCCCGAAGGAACUCGCGGGCGACAUGGACCACAUCAGCUUUCGCGUUGCCGAGGAUGUCCCCAACCGUGGCUCCAUCCCUGAUCCAACCGACAGCCGCCACAAACAAGUUCGGAAUGCACAGCGACUUGAUAGCCUGUGCAAAGGGAACCUGAUAUUGUUGACCCAGCUGGACUUUCUGUCUCCUGUCAGUGCCGCCGCUGGAAGUAUCAACUAGGUCGACGCCUUCUUUGGCCAGAAUAGGCGCAUAGCGCAAAGUAUCCUCCAGCUCCCAGCCCUCUCCAGGAGGGAGCCAGUCAAUUGCGGAUAUUUUCCAGAAUAACGGCAUCGUGGGCGGGAUGUUCCUUCUGAUGGCGCGGACGAUCU